UCGUUUGGAUCAUUGACUGGACAUUCGUGCAUAUCAAACGGUCAAACGGUGGUCAGCAAACAAGGAGAGCAGUUAGCAGCGGAUUCCCUGCUGCCACAAUAACAACAACAAUUGUCGAUACAAUUUCUGUGAAAACUAUUUUGCGCUUUGAAGCACUUUUUCGUAUUCGUAUUGGAAGCACUCGUGCCAGAGAAACGCCAGAAAAUGAAGAGUACUGCCAUUCGCAAAUUAAACGUCAACGGAUCGACAUCCGCAUCUAUACCAAUAUCUCCAUUCACAUCUGCAUCCAAAGAGAGGUCACCACCUUUGGAAGAAUUUUACAAGCAAAUACCUGAGGAUCAAGUUUUUGCACAAAUUGAGGAAAAGCAGCAACCUCGACGAGCGCCAAACAACGAGGAUUCACACGCAAAUCGAACAGUAAAAGAAACCACUCCCGAAAAUACUAAAUUAGACGGUGCAGUUGUUACGGAAAAGAAAAACGGCGAAAUGGUUGCCGAACAAAAUGGUUUAACUGACGGGGCCGAUGAAAAAAUGUUAAGCGGUGCUGAAGACAAUGAAAAAUUGGCCGAUAAGCGUGAAGAAGUAAAAUUUAUUAAAGGAGGUGAUCAUCAAAAUGGUGAUGCGAAAAUCGACAUUGGUGCCGUGAAUGGAAAGGACAAGGAGAUGGCUUUCACUGGCAUGUCUAAAGAGGAGCUCAUGAAAUAUGCCAAUGAUCCAUUUUGGGUACGUUUGCGUUGGAUUUUCUUCAUUGGUUUCUGGGCUAUCUGGGCGGCCAUGCUGGUUUGUGCCAUACUGAUCAUUAUCGACGCCCCCAAAUGUGCCGCACCUGAACCUCUGCCAUGGUACAAGCGUGGCAUUCUCGCCAAAUUUGACGCACUCCAAGCAAGCGCCAGCAACAUCGAUAGCGUAAAGCGUGUAGAAGCUUCCGGUGUAAUAUAUGAACUCCCACCGGCACUAACUUAUUUAGUACGCGAACCAGCAGUGGAAGAAAAGAUCAAAGACAUUGUGUCGCAGUAUAAAAAUUUGGGCAUCAAUGUCAUAUUGGAUGUAACGCCAAAUUAUGUGCCCCGUAAUUCAACUCUUUUAAAUGAGGCGCUAGAAAACAAUGCAAAGCGUUCAGCGUUCAUAUGGAAAGAUGAUUCUAAAGAGCCAAACAAUUGGCGUUCACUUGCGAACGGUUCAGCUUGGGAUCAAAUAAAGCCUGGCAGCUACUUACUGUCACAAUUUGGUGCAGGUCAAUAUGAUUUACACAUGAAUGACACCAGCGUUAAACGUGAAUUCGAAGACGUAUUGAAACAUUUGCUUUCCUUGGGUGUUAGAGGUUUCCGUUUGAAGAAUACAAAAUUCUUUUUGCUUUCUGACAAUACGCCGGAUGAGGUACCAGCUUCGGAGGGUAAUUUCGUGCACAAUGAGUAUGGAUUUUGGACGCAUACGCAUAGUACGUUCCAGGAAGGGCUUGGUGAUUUGUUGUACGAGUUCAAGAUGUUCGUCAAGAACAUUUCCGCAGACGCAUUCUUAUCUGUGGCAGAUGAUAUUCUACGACCAGAUGUGUAUCGCGCUAGGAACGGUGAAUGGGGCAUAGAUAUGCCCAUAUACGGACCACUGGUACAUUUACUAAGCACAACUUCCAGUGCACGAAAACUGCAAAAUGAAUUCGAGAAUACUAGAAAUGCUGUGGGUAACGACACAUGGCUGCAGUGGAACUUUGCAGAGCCCUUGGUGAUGGCCAAUAACGUAAGCGAUGCCACAGCAAUCGCACUGUUCGUAUCGUUAUUGCCGGGAGUACCUGUAAUGGGUAUGGCAAAUUCGUCACUUUUUAAUGGAAUGCCGGAUAAUGUUUUUGCUGAAAUUAAGCAGCUACGAUUGUCUCCUUCAUAUAUGCAUGGCGAUUAUCAUGUAUAUGAAUCUGAUGGAAUGUUUGCAUAUACCAGAAUAAAAUCUGGUAAUCCCGGUUACUUUGUAGCUUUCAAUCCAUCAAACACUACUGUAAAAGGCGACUUCGAUCAUCCUUCCUUACCAGACAAGAUGUCUGUGUAUGCGCUAAGUGAAAGCUACAACAUAUCUGGCAUUGCAAUCAAAUCGAAAGUGGAAACCCAUUCUUUGGAGUUGUCGCCUGGAUCUACAAUUAUACUCACAUAUGUGCCUGUGAAAUCAGGUUAAGAGAAAUACCUUAGGUAUACAUUGGGCAUAUUAUUAGUGCUAAAAGUUAAUCUGCUCUAUGCGUAAAGUCAAUACUAGACUUUUACAAAAAUAAAAUAUUUCAAAUGUUGAACAAAAAUAUAAAUAUCUAUUAAAAGCAUUGCAAAAUAUAAUA